GUUCUUUUCAAGAUAGUGUCGGAUGAUGGGCCACGCAUCCAAAGAAAUACUCUUCUUUUUCUUGGUAACGUGCAUCUACAUGACGUGCGGAAUACUAAUGACAAGCCCAACAAAAUUGCCGUCUAUCGUGCAUAGUUAUUUACCACCUCGAAGUGUUCCCGUUUCAAUGAGAUCUUCGAGUAGCAGCAUUGUAUAUGCCAAUCACAAGUAUGACGUUGUCGAUGAACCCGAAGAAAUUCCUGGCAAAGGAAGAGGUGGUCAUCAUUUCGAAGCUAGUUACUUGUAUCCAAGCUCGAGACCAAUCACGGUAUCACUUCCGUUUAAGGACGAGAUUGUUCAAACGUUCGAUAAAGCUGAGAAAAUAGUCAGGACACUAAACGGCGAUAGCUACAACAACGAGUUACAUCCACCGACCAAUCCUGUUUUGGCUUUACUCCUGUCCCGAUACGGAAAAUACGUGUCCGGUCUACGAAAUCCUCGUUUAUAUUCCUACAUGGCGGUAAAUAAUAUCCAUAACAAUAGACCCUUCGGACAGUAUAAACAGGAAUGCGAAGAGGAACCGAGAUAA